AUGUCUAAAUCAGAUAACGAACAAGAUAACGAAGAUGUUGUAGUCGAACCACAAUUGAGAAUGGUCCCAAGUUAUGAUGUGUCUGAUAAGUCGUUCUUAUUGGCUCAUUCUUCCUCUGCUGAAGAAUUAAACCAAGCUAAGGUUUUUAUAUUGGAACAAAUUGAAAAAGAUGAAAUGGCACCAUAUUAUAAAUAUUUGACCACCAAAUAUUUACCUGAACAGGCUGAACAACGUGAUAACACAAAUAAUAAUAGUAAUUCUAAUACUACUACUACUACUACUACUACUACUGAACAAGUAAUAGCUUUUGACUCUGUAUAUUAUGAGAAAUUAGUUAAUAAAAAUAAUGAAAAUAUUAAAAUUUUAAAGGACAAAUUGGAAGUCCUAAAGACUAAUGAUGAAGGUCCACUUGAAAUUGCUAAUGCAUGGAUUGAAUUAGGACAAUAUUAUGUUCAAAUCGCAGAUUUUGAAAAUGCUGAAAAGAUUUUACUAGGUGAUGCUCUAAGUUUUGCAAUUUCAAUGGGUGCAAAGAUUGAUAUUUACUUUAUGAUGUUAAGACUUGCAUUUUUUUACAACGAUUUUGCUUAUAUUAAAGAAAAACUAGAUACAGUUAACUCCUUAAUUGAAAAAGGUGGUGAUUGGGAAAGAAGAAAUAGAUUUAAGACAUAUUUGGGUAUCUAUUCUUUAGCCAUUAGAGACUUCAAGAAAUCUGCAGAGUUAUUAGUUGACUCACUAGCUACAUUCACCUCCAUUGAAUUGACCUCUUAUGAAAAUAUUGCUAUGUAUGCAUCAGUAGCAGGUUUAUUUGCAUUGGAGAGAACUGAUUUGAAAUUGAAAAUCAUAGACUCACCGGAAUUGUUAUCAUUAAUAACCUCUACACCAGCAUUGCAAUCCAUUUCAUCUUUAACAAUUGCUCUAUAUACAUCUGAUUAUGCCAGUUUCUUCCCACUCUUACUAGAGACAUAUGAUAAGGUACUCCUUCCAUGCAAAUACUUAAAUAAACAUGCUGAUUAUUUUGUAAGAGAAAUGAGAAGAAAAGUUUAUGCUCAAUUACUAGAUUCAUAUAAGACUCUUUCUUUGAAAUCAAUGGCCCAUUCAUUCGGUGUUUCUGUUGAAUUCUUAGAUAAUGAUCUUGGAAAGUUCAUCCCAAAUAAACAAUUAAAUUGUGUGAUAGAUAGAGUGAAUGGUAUUGUGGAGACAAAGAGACCUGAUAAUAAGAAUGGUCAAUAUCAUCAACUAAUAAGACAAGGUGAUGGCCUAUUAACAAAAUUACAAAAAUAUGGUGCAGCUGUCAAAUUGACAGGUUCAGAUUAUGUUGCCUAA